AUGGAAAUUGUUUCACACGUUUACAAGGAGCAGCAAGCCAAUAAAGGGAGCAUGGAUAACAAGGAAAGGGGACAGUGCAUAUCUGUUUUGGAGAGCAUGGGGUUCAGAGUUGGACAAGGAAUUAUUGAGAGGCUGACACGAGACUCUCCCAGCUUUAAGGAUGAGCUUGAUGUCAUGAAGUUUGUCUGUAAAGACUUCUGGACAAAGGUGUUUAGGAGGCAGAUUGACAAUCUCAGAACAAACCACCAGGGGACCUAUGUACUUCAAGACAACAAAUUCUCUUUACUCACUCAGCUAUCAAAUGGGAAGCAGUACCUAGACCAGGCACCUAAGUACCUAGCCUUUUCAUGUGGAAUCGUCAGAGGAGCUCUAUCAAAUCUUGGUAUGGAAAGUGUUGUAACUGCUGAAGUGUCCAUUAUGCCAUCUUGUAAAUUCCAGGUUGUCAUCCAGAAGUCAUGA